AUCUUAGAUACCCGAUUCCAUUUUUACUUCCUAUGAAUACGUUAAUCACUUGUGAUGUAUGUAUAUAUUCCACAACACAAACUUACAUUUUACUCGAUACCUAUUCCUAUACCAACAUAUCAUUCUCAGUACUAAUUAAAUACUUUCUUUUUCGUGUUCAUUUGUUAUACACAAUGUCGGGAAUCGUAGUGAUUUUUGACUUCGACAAGACGAUUAUUGAUAUCGACAGUGACAAUUGGGUGGUCGACGAGUUGGGUGCAACCGAUUUGUUUAACCAACUUCUUCCCACCAUGCCUUGGAAUUCCGUGAUGGACAAGAUGAUGGACGAGCUACAUUCACAAGGAAAAACCAUUGAAGAUAUGGAGGAAGUACUAAAACGUGUCCCGAUACAUCCUCGAGUUGUUCCGACCAUUAAAGCAGCAUAUGCUUUAGGGUGUGAUCUAAGGGUGCUAAGCGACGCAAAUCUAUUCUACAUUGAGACGAUACUCAAACAUCUAGGGAUACGAGAAUGUUUCUCGGAAAUUAACACGAAUCCGGGUUUCGUGAACGAGGAAGGAAAGCUGAGGAUUCUACCGUACCAUGAUUUCCAUACCUUUUCUCAUGGUUGCAAACUUUGCCCUCCCAACAUGUGCAAGGGUAAAAUAUUAGAAAGAAUUCAAGCGACCUUAAAGGCAGAUGGAUGGAAAAGGAUCAUAUACUUGGGAGAUGGUGCGGGUGAUUUUUGCCCCAGCCUAAAGCUUGUACAAGGAGACUACAUGAUGCCAAGGAAAGAUUUCCCCGUUUGGGACUUGAUAUGCAAAAACCGCAACCUUCUUAAAGCUGAGGUUCAUGAAUGGAUCGACGGGGAAGAUCUCGAGCAAAUUCUACUUAAACUUAUAACAAUAAUAUUGAUGGAAAACAAGAGUAACACUGGUGACAACACAAAUCAAUUGCUUGAUUGCAAGUUUGAGACCAUUGUUCAUGAAGUUUUGCCUAAACCUCUCUGUGUUCCUCAGUAAUACAGUAAUAUAUCUAGCUAUAAAUCCAGAAAUAUUGGAACUACUUUAAAUAAUACAGUAAUCUAUCUAGCCAUAUAUGAGAGUACCAUUUUUUCUUUA